AUGGCGAGUAGAUACUGGGUAGUUUCUCUUCCGGUUCAAAACUCAGCUUCUUCUGUAUGGAACCGUCUGCAAGAACAAAUCUCCAGGCACUCUUUUGAUACACCUCUCUACAGGUUUAAUAUCCCCAAUCUUCGUGUUGGAACCCUCGAUUCACUCCUUGCCCUUAGCGAUGAUCUCGUCAAGUCGAAUAGCUUUAUAGAAGGAGUUUCGCACAAGAUCAGGAGACAGAUCGAAGAAUUGGAGAGGGUAUCGGGUGAUAGUAAUGCUUUGACAGUUGAUGGUGUGCCAGUUGACUCGUACCUAACCAGGUUUGUUUGGGAUGAAGCAAAAUAUCCAACAAUGUCUCCUCUAAAGGAGAUUGUGGAUGGUAUUCAUGGUCAAGUGGCGAAGAUUGAAGAUGACCUCAAGGUUCGUGUUGCUGAGUAUAAUAAUGUACGCAGUCAUCUCAAUGCUAUCAAUCGGAAGCAAAGUGGAAGCUUAGCUGUUCGUGAUCUUUCCAAUUUGGUGAAACCAGAGGACAUUAUUAUCUCUGAACACCUUGUAACCCUCCUUGCAAUUGUUCCCAAGUAUUCACAGAAGGACUGGUUGGCAAGCUAUGAAACGUUGACUAACUAUGUGGUUCCCAGGUCCUCCAAGAAGUUAUACGAGGAUAAUGAAUAUGCACUUUACACAGUAACACUAUUUAAUCGCGUGGCAGACAAUUUUAGAACAAGUGCACGUGAAAAAGGGUUCCAAAUUCGCGAUUUUGAAUAUAGUUCAGAAGCACAAGAGAGCAGGAAGCAAGAGUUAGAAAGACUGGUGCGAGACCAAGAAAGUUUGAGAAGUUCUCUUUUGCAGUGGUGCUACACUAGUUAUGGGGAGGUUUUCAGCUCUUGGAUGCAUUUUUGUGCUGUUCGAGUCUUUUCAGAGAGCAUUCUCAGAUAUGGAUUGCCCCCAUCAUUCUUGGCUUGCGUUUUAUCUCCUCCUGCUAAAAGCGAGAAGAAAGUUCGUUCAAUCCUUGAAGGAUUGUGUGACAGUUCAAACAGCGCAUACUGGAAAUCUGAAGAUGAAGUGGGAGGAGUGAUUUUCGGUUUGGGAGGCGAUGCCGAUAAUUAUCCUUAUGUACUGGGACUUGGAAUUGUAAUGACAUCUGUGGAGUUCUCAUGGGUUACUAGGGGACAAUGCUUGAAGGGAAAUGCAACUCCAGUUCUGCUUUCUAGUAUUGUUGAGCUAAUGAGAGCUAAUGAGGUUAUUUAUAUGGAAAUUAGUGAUGGUAUUUUUGACCAAGAGAUUUAA